ACGCACGGUGCGUCCCUACGUCAUCGCGUCACACCGGAAGCGGAAGUGGACACGUGCGGAAGCAAAGGGGGGACACCACGCUCUGCAGGCCGCGAAGCUCUCUGUGGUGAUUCCUCGUGUUUCAGACCUCGAAGUCUCUUCGUGAUCUUUGUGUUUCCAGCGUCUCACCGGAGCCUCGUGCGCAUCAUGGCCGUCAGAGCUUCGUUCGAGAAGAACAACGAGAUCGGCUGCUUCGCCAAACUCACCAACACCUACUGCCUGGUGGCGAUAGGAGGCUCCGAGAACUUCUACAGCGUGUUUGAAGGGGAACUGUCAGAAACCAUCCCGGUGGUUCACGCCUCCAUAGCAGGUUGUCGCAUCAUCGGCAGAAUGUGUGUGGGGAACCGUCACGGUCUUUUGGUGCCGAGCAACACGACAGACCAGGAGCUGCAGCACAUCAGAAACUGUUUGCCGGAAGCCGUGAAGAUCCAGAGGGUCGAGGAGCGGCUCUCCGCCCUCGGUAACGUCAUCGCCUGCAACGACUACGUAGCGCUGGUCCACCCCGACCUGGACAGGGAGACGGAGGAGAUCCUCGCCGACACCCUGAAGGUGGAGGUUUUCCGUCAGACGGUAGCAGAGCAGGUCCUGGUCGGCUCCUACUGUGCGUUCAGUAACCAGGGAGGUCUGGUCCACCCGAAGACGUCGAUAGAAGAUCAGGACGAGCUGUCGUCUCUGCUCCAAGUUCCCCUGGUGGCCGGCACCGUGAACCGGGGCAGCGAGGUGAUCGCCGCAGGGAUGGUGGUCAACGACUGGUGUGCGUUCUGCGGCCUGGACACGACGAGCACAGAGCUGUCCGUCAUCGAGAGCGUGUUCAGACUCAGCGACACGGCACAGCCCUCCGCCAUCGCCACCAGCAUGAGGGACUCGCUCAUCGACAGCAUGGCCUAAGCCAUCUGUCGCCAUUUCCUGCCGCCGAGGAGCCGCGCUGUGAUUGGCCUGGUCCUCACGUGUGAAGCGGCCGCCUGCUGGACUCGCUCCUCCACCUACAACACCGUCACCUGCAGUUGUGUGACAUCAUCGUCUUCAAUCUUCACUGAAACCUUUGUCGUUACAUCAUCUUUCUGCAGCGACAUCAUCCAAGUAAAAUAAGUUUAAAGGGAGUCGGCCGUGCUCGCUCAUCGUCCGUGGUCGUUUUUCUAAGUGUGUGAGGAAACGACAUUUCCACACGUUGAGGAAUCAGAGAUUUCAGCCUCUGCGUCUCCGACGUGAAUAUUUUUAACCAAACGGCUUCAAAUGACUCCAGAAGUGAUGAAGGUUCAAAUAAAUUUCUGUCUGUGAUCAAACGAGUCGGAGCCGUGUCACAGUUUGCUUCACAGAAUCACAACUGCUUCAGUUGGUGCAGCGAUGGCGCCCCCUGCUGGCUCCUUCCUGUUGUCACUUGAAGCUUUUGUUUUUUUGUCUCAAAGCUCCUUCACAAAAAAACGUAAACACACUUACCUUAAAUCUGUCAUCAGUGUUUUUUUGUCGCUUCUGUCGAUGAAACUGUAAGAACAGAAAGUGAGGACGUAAAUUACCGAGUGAACGAUAAGCGUCUCAUCUGUCUUUGUCAAAUAAAAUAAAAUCGCUCUCUUUUAA